AUGGUAUUGUCCAACGGAGCGCACGUCGGACAAGGAGCAGCGCAAGCGGAAGAUGAGGACUCUCAAAAUUCAGCUAGACUACGUUCUGACGAGGAACAUCCCUCGGAUAUCCAGAAAUCCAGAAAUAUUUGGGACCUUGAUUUCGACUCUGACCACUGUCCAGUUCUUCUCAGCAGUAAGAUACGGUUCCACAAGAGGAACCGAGGAGUACCUCCUCAACCGAAAAUCGACAUGGCAAGUCUGAAAGACGAGGAAAGCAGAACGGAAUUCCGGCAACGUGUCUCUAUUCAUGCUGGAGUACGGACAAGGAAGAAGCUUAGCGAUGCGGAUUCCUUUACAAAGUGCAUCCAGAACGCUGCAAGGGAAACGCUCCCGGUUCUAUUGCCGCGGAAGAAGUUUGCCUUUGCAUCUGCAGAAACAAAAUCCACAUACAAUUCUGUAUGUGUCGCGCGCAGCGCUGGUGACUUCAAACAGGAAAAGCGUCUUAAAAGGAAGCUGCGUCGUCAACUGCAAUAA